AUGCAUUCUGCUGCGACUUCUACAUACCCCUCUGGGGGUACAUCCCCAGCACCAGCUGAAACUCCUGGAACUGAGUACAGUGAAUAUGAAUUCUCCAAUGAUGUGGCUGUGGUGGGAAUGGCUUGCCGUGUGGCUGGAGGCAACCACAACCCAGAGCUCCUCUGGCAAUCGCUCCUCAGUCAGAAGAGUGCAGUGGGCGAGAUUCCAGAAAUGCGCUGGGAGCCUUACUAUCGUCGUGACCCCCGAAAUGCAAAGAUCCUCCAGAAGACGACCUCGCGUGGUUAUUUCUUGGAUCGCCUUGAGGACUUUGACUGUCAAUUCUUUGGUAUCUCCCCUAAGGAGGCCGAGCAGAUGGAUCCCCAACAGCGAGUCUCACUUGAGGUCGCCUCGGAAGCUCUCGAGGAUGCCGGUAUUCCUGCCAAGAGCCUGUCUGGCAGUGACACAGCUGUCUUCUGGGGUGUCAACUCGGACGACUACUCCAAGCUAGUGCUGGAGGAUCUGCCAAACGUCGAGGCCUGGAUGGGCAUCGGCACCGCCUACUGUGGCGUGCCCAAUCGCAUUUCCUACCACCUCAACCUGAUGGGACCUAGCACCGCCGUGGAUGCGGCCUGUGCCUCGUCUCUUGUCGCCGUCCACCAUGGUGUUCAGGCCAUUCGGUUGGGAGAAUCACAGGUGGCUAUUGUUGGAGGUGUCAAUGCCCUCUGUGGACCAGGCCUAACUAGCGUCCUCGACAAAGCCGGAGCCAUCUCAUCUGAUGGAUCUUGCAAGUCAUUCGAUGAUGACGCCCACGGAUACGCCAGAGGUGAAGGCGCUGGCGCCCUCAUCCUCAAAAGUUUGCACCGUGCAUUGCUCGACCAUGAUAACAUCUUGGCCGUUAUCAAGGGCAGUGCAGUUGCCCAGGAUGGCAAGACAAACGGCAUUAUGGCCCCCAAUGCUAAAGCGCAACAAUUGGCAGCACAAACUGCUCUCAACGUUGCGAACGUCGAUCCCCUCACUGUGCGCUAUGUGGAAGCCCAUGCCACAUCCACGCCACUGGGAGACCCGACUGAAAUCUCCGCCAUCGCGGGCAUCUACGGUGUCAACCGCCCUGCUGAUGACCCAUGCUACAUCGGAUCCAUCAAGCCCAAUAUUGGUCACCUGGAAGCCGGUGCUGGAGUCAUGGGCUUCAUCAAGGCAAUCCUGGCCAUCCAAAAGGGCGUUCUGCCGCCCCAGGCCAACCUGACCAAGCUCAAUAGCCGUAUCGACUGGAAGAAAGCCGGUGUGAAGGUGGUCCAGGAGGCAACCCCAUGGCCCUCCACAGACCCCAUCCGCCGAGCAGGUGUGUGUUCGUAUGGGUACGGAGGUACCGUUUCUCACGCAGUCAUUGAGGAGUUCAAUCAUAUCCUGCAGCAGCCAGAUCCCCUGGAUGAUGGGGCAGCCACCGGACCAGGCCUUUUGUUGUUGUCUGGCCCUCAAGAGAAACGGUUGUCUCUUCAGGCCAAAACCUUGAAGGACUGGAUGGCCGCUCAUGGAAGUGAACACAGUCUGAGCGACAUUCUCACGACUUUGGCUACGCGCCGAGAUCACCAUGACUACCGAGCAGCGCUUGUUGUCGAUGAUGAGCUCGAUGCUGCCAAGCUCCUAGAAGCACUCGCCAAUGGAGUCGACAAUCCCUUCAAGACUCAGAGCCGUGUAUUGGGCGCAGACAUCAGCAAGGAUGUUGUCUGGGUAUUCUCCGGACACGGUGCGCAGUGGCCAGACAUGGGCAAGCAACUAAUUCACAAUCCUGUCUUCUUCGGAGCCAUCCAGCCACUGGAUGAGCUGAUCCAAGCUGAGAUUGGCCUGUCACCCAUCGAGAUGCUUCAGACUGGCGACUUCGAGUCGUCUGAUCGCGUGCAGAUUUUGACUUAUCUCAUGCAAAUUGGUCUCAGCGCCAUUCUUCAGAGCAAUGGUAUCACCCCACAGGCCGUGAUUGGCCACUCAGUAGGCGAAAUCGCCGCUAGUGUUGUGGCCGGGGCUUUGAGCCCAGCAGAGGGUGCACUUAUCGUGACCCGCAGAUCGGUGCUGUACCGACAGGUUAUGGGCAAGGGCAGCAUGAUCCUCGUCAACCUCCCUAGCAGUGAGACCGAAGAGAUCCUGGGUGCCCGAUCAGACAUGGUUGUGGCCAUCGAUUCAUCGCCUUCUUCCUGCGUUGUGGCUGGAGACAAGGAUAUCGUGGCCGAGACAGCAGAAGCCUUCAAGACAAAGGGCGUGAAGACUUUCAAUGUCAAGAGUGACAUUGCCUUCCAUAGCCCGACCCUGAAUGGCCUCGUGGAUCCUCUGCGCGACGUGCUCGCGGACACCCUGUCCCCCACCAGCCCCACCAUCAAGUUGUAUUCCACCGCAUUGGUCGACCCUCGCGGCGAGGACCUGCGCGACGUGGAAUACUGGGCCGGCAACAUGGUCAACCGCGUUCGUCUCACCUCGGCUGUCAAUGCAGCCGUUGAGGAUGGAUAUCGCCUCUUCCUCGAAGUCUCAAGCCACCCAGUGGUGUCUCACUCCAUUAACGAGACACUCAUGGACAAAGGCUUGGAGGACUUCGCAGUCAUCCCUACUCUUCUUCGUCAAAAGCCUACUGAGAAGCAUAUCCUGCACAGCAUUGCACAGCUUCACUGCCGCGGUGCGGAAGUGAACUGGGCGGUGCAGAUGCCUGGACGCUGGGCCACCGGACUGCCCACCACGACCUGGAUGCAUAAGCCCAUCUGGCGCAAGAUUGAGACUGCGCCACUCCAUGCUGGUCUCACACAUGAUGUCGAGAAGCACACACUUCUGGGCCAGCGCGUCCCAGUGCCCGGUACCGAAACCUAUGUGUACACUACCCGGUUGGACAACGACACAAAGCCCUUCCCCGGCAGCCACCCCUUGCACGGCACCGAAAUCGUUCCUGCUGCAGGUCUGAUCAAUACUUUCGUGAAGGGCACUGGUGGCCAGAUGCUCCAGAACGUUGUGCUCCGCGUUCCCGUUGCCAUCAACGCGCCACGGUCCGUCCAGGUUGUGGUGCAGCAAGAUCAGGUCAAGGUUGUUUCCCGGCUGAUUCCAAGUGAGCCCUCGCAGGCCGAUGAUGCCUCCUGGGUCACUCACACCACUGCAUACUGGGAGCGGAAGGUUCUGGGUUCCGAACCUAAUAUCAACAUCGAGGCCGUCAAAGCGCGUCUGCUCACCAGACUGCCAGACAACUUCUCGAUUGACUACUUGGACAAAGUGGGUGUCUCAGCUAUGGGAUUCCCAUGGGCCGUCACAGAGCACUACCGCGAUACCAAGCAGAUGCUGGCGCGCGUUGAUGUCAACCCCGCCAUCGCUGAUGGUGCCCCCCUUCCCUGGGAUUCUUCCUCGUGGGCCCCGAUUCUCGACGCUGCCACCUCCGUUGGCUCUACCGUUUUCCAAACAGCUGCGCUGCGGAUGCCGGCCCAGAUCGAGCGCGUGGAGAUCUUCACCUCGGAGGAUCCGCCUAAGAUCAGCUGGCUCUUCGUUGAGGAGGCCUCCGAUGCAGUGCCCACCUCCCACGUUAGUGUGGUGAGCGAGGCGGGUGAAGUCCUUGCCAAGUUUACGGCCAUGCGCUUCUCUGAGAUUGAAGGCACCCCCGGUGUCAGUGGCAGCAUGGAGAGUCUCGUGCACCAAAUCGCCUGGCCACCAGCCACCCCGGCCGAAGAGCCCUUGCUUAUCACAAAGGUGGUUGUUAUCUCGCCCGAUGCUACCACCCGGGCCCAGUAUGCCGCGACUCUGCCGAGCCAGAUAGAAUCCUUCCAAUUCUCCACCCCAGAUGAGUUCAUCAGCAAAGCUUCCUCCGUUCCCCUCGAGAAGGGAACCGUGGUGGCUUACAUCCCUGGUGAAGUCGCCUCGCUGGCAGAGGUCCCUACUGCAUCCGAGAAUUUCACUUGGAACGUGCUCGAACUCAUCAAAUUCAUCGUCAACGGCUCACUGCCCAUCAAACUCUUCACUCUCACCGCGAACGUGGGCGAGGGCCAAACACCCACUGCUCUGGCCCAGUCCCCAUUGUUCGGCCUGGCACGAAUCAUCGCCAGUGAGCAUCCCGAUCUCGGAUCCCUCAUUGACGUUGAAGGGCCUGCUAUCCCCUUGUCGGUGAUGCGCUACAUCCAGGGAGCCGACAUUGUCCGAAUCAGCGAUGGGGUCGCCCGCACCUCCCGCUUCCGCAGCUUGCCCCGCAACAAGCUGCUCCCUGCCAGCGAGGGUCCUCGCCUGCUUCCCCGCCCCGAGGGCACAUAUCUGAUCACUGGUGGUCUCGGUAUCCUCGGACUCGAGGUUGCUGACUUCCUGGUCGAAAAGGGUGCCAGGCGUCUGCUGCUCAUCUCGCGGCGUGCGCUUCCCUCUCGCCGAACCUGGGAUCAGGUCAGCGAGGAUCUCCAGCCGACCAUCGCCAAGAUCCGCCUUCUGGAGAGUCGCGGUGCCUCGGUCCAUGUCCUCCCGCUUGACAUCACCAAGCCUGAUGCGGUCGAGCAGCUGUCCGCUGCCCUGGACCGCCUUUCCCUGCCUCAGGUCCAGGGUGUCGUCCAUGCUGCCGGUGUCCUGGAUAACGAGCUGGUCAUGCAAACCACACGCCCUGCAUUCAACCGCGUCCUUGCGCCUAAGAUUGCCGGUGCGCUAGCUCUGCAUGAAGUCUUCCCUCCCAAGAGCGUUGAUUUCUUCGUCAUGUUCUCCUCCUGCGGAAACCUGGUCGGAUUCACUGGUCAGGCCUCUUAUGGCAGUGGCAACGCCUUCUUGGAUACACUGGCCACCCACCGUGCAAACCUAGGUGACGCGGCCGUGUCCUUCCAGUGGACCUCUUGGCGCGGCCUGGGUAUGGGUGCCAGCACAGACUUUAUCAACGCUGAGUUGGAAUCCAAGGGAAUCACUGACGUGACUCGCGAUGAGGCUUUCGCUGCCUGGCAACAUCUCGCCAAGUAUGAUAUGGACCACGGAGUUGUUCUGCGAAGUCGCGCCUUCGAGGAUGGGGAGCCGGUGCCGGUCGCCAUCCUUAAUGAUAUCGCGGUGCGACGCGUGGGCGCGGUAUCUGGCUCCGCGCCGGUCGCUGGAGGUUCCAGUGGUGGCGAGGCAGUGCCUACAUCAGGACCCGAGCUCAAGACCUAUCUGGAUGAGAAGAUCCGUGGCUGUGUGGGCAAGGUGUUGCAGAUGGCAGCUGAGGAUGUGGAUUCGAAGGCCGCCCUUGCUGAUCUUGGCGUGGACUCAGUCAUGACAGUCACUCUGCGUCGCGUGCUGCAACAGACACUGAAGAUCGCAGUGCCCCCAACUCUGACCUGGAGUCAUCCUACUGUCAGCCAUCUGGUGACGUGGUUUGCUGAGAAAAUUGGAAAUUGA